AUGCAAAGUUUUAGCUACAUAUUCGUUAAAGAUAACCAAAAGAAUGACUAUUUGGGUAUUAAAAUUGUGAUUCCAAGAACAUUUGAUGCUUUGGUGGCAGCAAUACGGAAAAAAUUAAACAAUUAUAAAUUUAAAUCGUUAUUUUCCUCGUCAAGCAAACUUAUUCGAUCAAUAUCAGAUGUAGUUCCUGGUGAGACUAUCUAUAUAUCCAACAUCGAUCCAAAUGAUACAAAAAAUCAAAUUAAACAUUCAAAAAUUACGACAGGAAAGAAUAAAGCAAAGUCACAGAAAGUAAAACAAGAAGAUUUAGCAAAAUCUAAUACAACUGAUAGUAAAACUUUACUUGAACGAUAUAAUAAAGCAAUUGAGAAUAUAAAAUCAACUUGUCUUGAAGAAACGCAGCCAAAUACAAAAACCGAUAAUAAAUCAGUAAAAUCUAAGGCGAAAUCAGUUAAAAAACAUACAAAUAAAGCCAAGAAAACUAAAGUUAAUACUGUCAAAGAAAACAAGAUUCCUGAAACGAAAUCAGAGACAAUUCCCGACACACCACCAAAUAAUGCAUUUGGACAUACUCAAAAACCAAUGGAUUCACCAUCAAAUGAUCAAAAUAUUGAAAUUAGAACAAGAGAAGUAACAUUUGAUACUAAUAUAACUAUGCUGAAUGAUUCCGAUAUUAACUUUGAUUUAUCUCCAAUCUACUUAAAAUCUGACCAAUCUGACGAAGAAGAAAAGACAAGUAAUUCAAGUACAAGCUUUAAAUACUCAAAUCAUAGUCAUCUAGAUCUUACUUCCGAUAAAUUAGAUGUACUACUUCGCUUAUGUCCUGAUGUUUUGGAAGUUUUGACUGAUGAUGAUGUUUCAAUUACAUACGAUAUAUAA